AUUGAUGCCAAAAAGCAGGCGGAGACUGACAAAAGUACAUACUGACGUGACCGGGUUGCGAAAUAUAUCACAGUUCGCUUUUCAAAUUGCAACUUUCAGACACUUGGACCAUUUAAACGAUUUUUGUGUGUUUUUUACUCUUGAGAAGAAAGAACUCCGGUACGAAUGGCUGUGACGGUCUCGAGGGACCUGACCGUGAGCGUGACAACUGAUAUCAACGCGGAUAAGUUGUUUGACAGAACGCAAGUGCUGAAAGCAAGCAUCCAGAAAGGGGAGCCGAAGGCAUUAGGAGUCUCCCAGGUCAUUUUGGGAGUGAUUGUGAUGUCCUACUCUAUUCCCCUCCUCUUCACUGAGUUCACAGUGUGUGUGAACUUUGGUGUGCCCUGGUGGAGCGGUCUGUCGUUCAUAGCAGCUGGGGCAGUCGCCAUAAGGAUGGAUAAACACACUAAUAUGAAGAUAGUAGGGGUGUGUUUGCUGAUGACCAGUGCAGUCAUCUUAUUGUCCCUCCUAGCCCUCAUCUUCUACGUGGUGGAUCUCAGCAUCAACCAGCAAAUAACAUGCCCAAAAGAGAAAGAUGAUGAAAGUGAAUGUAUUGACCAGGCACACAAUGAGGAACUGAACAGGAGUCUAAAGUCAUCACUUGUUCUCUUCACCAUCAUCCAGACCACCAUCUCAUGCAUCCUCUCCAUCAACCUCUUCAAGGAGAGAAGGAACAUCGGACUGCAUUACGACUCUCUCACUCAAACUGUUCCCGCGACUCCAACAGACUCUGUGCUCCCUGACUUCAAUCGACCUAUCACAGCUAGUGACACGUAAAUACUUUGGAACAUUCCCCAUUACAAGGCUGGCAUCUUAAAGGAGAUGAUGGCGACUAACUUCCACCUCAGCCUCGAACUUUGAUUGUUAUUGACCUAUAAACUGCUUCUGUGCCAAGAUUCAAUAUGAGCACCAUUAUCAUCUACAAACACACAAUACUUGUUAUUACGCCAUGUGAUUAAACAUUAACGCCUUGUUUUCUAUUUUUUUUGUAACUGAUCAAUACACAUCAUAUUUUUUGUACGUUUAUAUUUUCAUUAAAAUAAACAGAGAAUACAUCAAAA